UCGGCGGCGGCGGUGGAGAGCAGUGCGCAGCCCGGUGCAGCCCUGGCUUUCCCCUCGCCGCGCGCCCGCGCCCCCUUCAGCGUCCGCAACCAGAAGCCCAGCGCAGCUCCAGGAGCCGGAUCUGCGCCCGCGCCGCUCCCGGGACCGCGACCCCGGCCGCCCCGCGAUGACCGCGACCGAAGCCCUCCUGCGCGUCCUCUUGCUCCUGCUGGCUACCGGCCACAGCACUCAUGGAGCUGAAUGCUUCCCGGCCUGCGACCCUAAAAAUGGAUUCUGUGAGGAUGACAAUGUUUGCAGGUGCCAGCCUGGUUGGCAGGGUCCCCUGUGUGACCAGUGUGUGACCUCUCCUGGCUGCGUUAAUGGACUCUGCGAAGAACCCUGGCAGUGCAUUUGCAAGGACGGCUGGGAUGGGAAACUCUGCGACAUAGGUGUCCAGGCUUGCACCUCAACCCCCUGUGCCAACAACGGAACCUGCAUGAACCUCAGUGAUGGUGACUAUGAGUGCUCCUGCAUCCCUGGGUACUCUGGAAAGGACUGCCAGAAAAAGGAUGGGCCCUGUGUGAUCAAUGGUUCUCCCUGCCAGCAUGGAGGCACCUGCGUGGAUGACGAGGGCCAGGCUUCCCACGCCUCCUGCUUGUGCCCCCCUGGCUUCUCAGGCAACUUCUGCGAGAUCGUGGCCAACAGCUGCACCCCCAACCCGUGUGAGAAUGCCGGGGUCUGCACCGACAUCGGGGGCGACUUCCGCUGCCGCUGCCCAGCUGGCUUCAUCGACAAGACUUGCAGCCGCUCCGUGACCAACUGUGCCAGCAGCCCAUGCCAGAACGGGGGCACCUGCCUGCAGCACACCCAGGUGAGCUACGAGUGUCUGUGCAAGCCCCCGUUCACGGGUCCCACCUGCGUGAAGAAGCGUGGGGCGAGCCCCCCGCAGGUCACCCACCUGCCCAGCAGCUACGGGCUCACCUACCGCUUGACCCCCGGGGUGCACGAGCUGCCAGUGCCGCAGCCCGAGCACCGCAUCCUCAAGGUAUCCAUGAAAGAGCUCAACAAGAGUACCCCUCUCCUCACCGAGGGCCAGGCCAUCUGCUUCACCAUCCUCGGCGUGCUCACCAGCCUGGUGGUGCUGGGCACCGUGGGCAUCGUCUUUCUCAACAAGUGUGAGGCCUGGGUGUCCAACCUGCGCUACAACCACAUGCUACGCAAGAAGAAGAACCUGCUGCUUCAGUACAACAGUGGCGAGGAGCUGGCGGUCAACAUCAUCUUCCCGGAGAAGAUCGACAUGACCACCUUCAGCAAGGAGGCUGGCGAGGAGGAGAUCUAGGCAGCGUUCCCAUGGGCCCCUCUAUAUUCUCGGGGUUCCGCAGAGCUCACUAUACGCGGUCUGUGCUAAUCUUUGUGGUGGAGCUUGCUAUCUUUUGUGUUGAAUCUGGUGAACGCUAUGCUUACAUAUAUUGUCUUUGUGUUGCUGUGUGACAAACGCUAUGCUAAAAGAAUCCUCUUUCUCUCUUAUUAAUGCAUGAUCACAAAUAACAAUGAGAAUAAUAAGAAUUUCAUCUUUAAA